CGCGGGGCAAAUACUAUGACUUGGUUGUGGGGGGCCCAAGCCUAUAUAAGCUCCCGUGAGGGUUUCUGGUCCCACAUUGAUUAUGCCACAUCUGUCCCACCUCUGUCCGCCGUCAGACAACACGUGGGAGAAGUCAUCAUGAACACGCAGCAACUGGAGCAGAUGGGCCAGUUCAAGAUCACAGUAUGGGAGGAGGAGAACUUCCAGGGCAAGCGCUGUGAGUUCAUGCUGGAGUGCCAGAACAUCAUGGAGAGGGGUUUCAACAAGAUCCGCUCCAUCAAAGUGGAAAGUGGCCCGUGGGUGGGAUACGAGUAUCCGGAGUUCCAGGGACAGCAGUUCAUCCUUGAGAAGGGAGACUACCCUCGCUUCGAGGCUUGGAGCGGAAAUAGCAGCUACAGAACGGAACACCUUCUCUCCUUCAGACCCAUCAAGUGUGCCAACCAUAGUGACAGCAAAGUGACGCUCUACGAGUGUGAGGACUUCCAGGGUCGUAAGUUUGAGAUGUGCGACGACUAUCCCUCCCUACAGGCCAUGGGCUGGCUCAGCAAGGAGGUGCCGUCUAUCAAAGUCAACUCAGGAGCCUGGGUGGCCUAUCAGUUCCCUGGUUACCGCGGCUACCAGUACAUCCUUGAGAGAGACAGACAUCAAGGCGAGUACAGGAACUACAACGAGUUCAGCACCCAGGCUCACACCAACCAAGUGCAGUCCAUUCGCAGGAUCCAGCAGUAGACCCUGCUCAAGUGUUGAACUUUUCCCUCACCUUCACCCAGUGUCGUCACAGAGCCUUGGGUGGACAGACCCUCCUUCUCUCUGUAGCUCUUUCUUUACGGACAUGCAAGUACUUACAUGCACAUGAAUGAGCUCGAAAAGGAAAUAAAGCUUUUUCUUUAACAGGA